UCUGACUUGAUGAUGACAGCGAAGAAGCCAAAAAAGGAAGCAACAAGACUGACGGCGGCGUUGCCGCCGACGAACAUCACCGCGGUGGAGAUGGCUCUGCCGGCCCGCGACGACUACGAGUACGAGUACCUAACCCCGGCGCUGGCGCUGCCUCCGGGCGUCUACUUCAACCCGAUGAACGAGGAGAUCGUGCGCACCUACCUCAACGGGUGGAUCGCCGGGCACGGCACGUCGGGCGCAGAGGCGGCCGUCGUCAUCGAGGAAGACGUCUACGGCGACAAACCCGACGUGCUGGCGCGCAGGCACCUGCCGGCCAGCACCCGCGACUCCGACCCCAGCUGGUGGUUCCGCUGCCACUGCAAGGUGCAGGCCACGCGCGGCGGCGCCGCCCACCGGGGCGACCGCAGCGUCGCCACGGGAGGCUUCUGGAAGCUGGAGCAGACCACGAAGGAGGUGAGAUGCGAGGCGGACGGCGAGCACCUGGGGUUCAAGCGCACCUUCGGGUUCUACGUCGAGCACGAGGGCGAGAAGGAGAAGACGCGGUGGCUCAUGGAGGAGUACACCAACGUCGACUCGCCGGACGAAGGCACCGUCCGCAACGACGGCAAGAACAUCCUGCCCGCGCUCUACAGGAUAUACCUCACCCCACGCGAUCCCGGCAAGAAGAAGAGGAAGCAGAGUGGCAGAGAUGUUGGGGACGACUACGACGACGUCGACGGUGGGCCUGUGAAGGCUGCCCGCGUGAAGGUUCCGAACGCUUACUUACACGCCAUCGCGGCGUUGCUGUCGCCGUCGAGCGUUCGUGGUGCCGGCCAGGAGGAGCCGCAGGGCGGCGUUGAAGCGCCGCCGCCACCUUCGGGCGUUUUCAGUGAGUACCGAGGUGAGGCCGCGUCGUCGGAUGAUGAUGAUCACGGCAUGACAAUGAACGAGAAUCUCCUCGAGGAGGCGCAGGGCAGCACCGGCGGCGACGACUCCCCUGAGAUGCGUGUUCUCGUUACGAUGAACGACGGCGGCAUCCCGGCGUGGGAGAUGGGCAUGGGUGGAGGAUACGUUUUCGCCGACACGUCUUGGAUCUACGAACACUACCAGAACACGGAGUGAUCGAUCAUGGCAUUCUUUGAUUAACUUUUGGUGGGGUGGGAGGGGAGGGGGAUUUUUGGUUCCGUCCGUGGUUUUAAUUUUUAACUUUUUUGGUCCAUGGUUUUAAUUUAGUUGAACUAGAACCACGGCAAGUAUUAUGGAAUGGAAGGCGUAGGGUUAAUAAAACUGACCGAAUCGACAAGGGCAUUCUUUCAUUUAAUUCUUUUAAUUCUUGUGGUGGCAAUUAGA